CUCACCACUUAGGAAGUAGCUUUAUCACAGACUGGCGUUGCAGUUUUCUGCUUCUUGCUCCAACUGGAUACCAUGGCUACCCAAAAGGCAAGCAGGCCGGAGAGACCCCCACACCCCGACCGCCUGUGGAUCUGGGAGAAGCACGUGUACUUGGAUGAAUUUCGUCGAAGCUGGCUACCCAUAGUUAUCAAGAGUGACGGAAAAUUCCAGGUGAUCAUGCGCCAGGAAGAUGUCAAAUUGGGAACUGCUAUGACCCCCAGUCAGCUGAUUCCUUACGAGCUGCCUUUAAUGUGGCAGCUGUGCCCCCAGGAAAGGUACCGAAGCUGUGACUCCAUGUUCUGGCAGAUACUAUACCACAUCAAGUUUAGAGACGUGGAGGACAUGUUACUUGAACUGAUGGAGAGCGACUAAUAGCCUGAGACGCGGUCCUGCAGCUCCCGUCUCCCUUGAGGCUCUCAGGGGAGACGCUGGUAUUUAUAUUCACUCUGUUCGCU